AUGUGGUCUUCAGUGGUUUGGCCUUUCUUAGUUGGAUCUGAACAAGUUUGUUUUCAGAUUUCCUCGGCAGGUUUGUUUGGAAUGCCAGCCAGUGGGAUGCGGCUUUGUCAGCGCGUGUCGGCAGAGGGAGAUGGAAGGGACGGAGAGGCGAGCUGUUACCGCUGAACUCGGUGGCGUGAGGAGCCUGGCCAUUGGUGCUCAGGAAUUCACGCUUAUAGCGUGAACUCAAGGUACCUGUUUAAGCCCCGGCGGCACGGAGCAGCCCGCCGGCCUCCUUGCCGACAGGGGGCGCCAGCAUGGCCUCCCGCACCGGCCUCACGCGGGCAGCCUAGCCCAGGGGGCCUGCGAGGAUUGGCUGCUGCGGGUGGCCGAGAAAAAGAAGAUUGGAUUGGCUGGGGGAGGCGUCACGUGAGGCGGAGGCUGUGGCCGUUGACAAUAAACAUGGAGUCGAUCUUCCACGAGAGGCAAGAAGGCUCGUUGUGUGCUCAGCACUGCCUGAAUAAUUUGCUACAAGGGGAAUAUUUUAGUCCUGUUGAGUUAUCCUCUAUUGCACAGCAGUUGGAUGAGGAAGAAAGAAUGAGAAUGGCAGAAGGAGGAGUGUCUAGUGAAGAAUAUAGAACAUUUUUACAGCAGCCUUCUGUAAACAUGGAUGAUAGCGGAUUCUUCUCAAUUCAAGUUAUAAGCAAUGCCUUGAAAGUUUGGGGUUUAGAACUAGUCCUCUUCAACAGCCCAGAGUAUCAGAGGCUUGGGAUCGACCCUAUAAAUGAAAAAUCAUUUAUUUGUAAUUAUAAGGAACACUGGUUUACAGUUCGAAAGUUAGGAAAACAGUGGUUUAACUUGAACUCUCUCUUGAUGGGUCCAGAACUAAUAUCAGAUACAUAUCUUGCACUUUUCUUGGCUCAAUUACAACAGGAAGGUUAUUCCAUAUUUGUAGUAAAAGGUGACCUGCCAGACUGUGAGGCUGAUCAGCUAUUGCAGAUGAUUCGGGUACAGCAGAUACAGCGACCAAAACUAAUUGGAGAAGAGACAGUGCAAUCCACAGAUCAGAGGCUACCCAGAGGUGAUAUGGACCAAGCAAUAGAUGUUAACCAUCCUUUUGAUGGAACAGGCAUGCUAGAUGAAGAUGAAGAGAAUUUUCAGAAAGCACUGGCUCUAAGUAGGCAGGAAAUGGAUAUGGAAGAUGAAGAAGCUGAUCUUCGCAGGGCCAUCCAACUCAGCAUGCAAGGUAGUCGUCGAAGUGAGAGCUCAGGCUCAUCACCACAGAACGUUCCUCAGCUACCUCACACCAGUCAGACAGACUCCCUUUCUUCAGAAGAACUGCGAAGGAGAAGACAAGCGUAUUUUGAAAAGCAGCAACAACAGCAACAGCAGCAAGAUCGGGCCCAAAACCUACACAGUAAGCCAGCUCUAAGCUCAAGCACUCUGGAAGCUGACCCAGGAGGUGAUAUGAGUGAAGAAGACAUGCUUCAGGCAGCUAUGAAUAUGUCUCUGGAAUCUGUUAGAAACAACUUGCAUACAGAAGAGGAGAAAUGAAUUAACUAUUUUUUUUUCCUCUUAUUGUCAAAACACUUAAGUCUCCAUUAUAAUUUUUCUGUGUGGAUGUUGCACAAGCAGGGUUCAUUUUAGAGUUCUGGAAGCAGGAAUGAAAGGGGGACUGGAAGUCAGUGUGGAGGGAAUCCUCAAUUACAAAAAAGAUUGCACUAAUUUACAAAACUUUAGCACUCCUACUAUAGAACCUUUGUUAACAAGAGUCCUGUAUUAAAAUUACUUAAACUGUUCACAUGAACCAAGUUAGACACGUGUAGCAGAAGGAACUUGCAUUUAAAAAGCAAAUUUAAAUUGUAUUGAGAAAUUUUAAAGGAAAUACAGAAGGUACUGAAAGGUGGCAUCAACUGAUUUCCUUCAGUAUCAAUGGAAAAACAGAUACAAGUAAUAAACUGUACUCAUAAAUGACAAAUUUCUUUGUAAGGAAUCCCUUAAAAUGGGAAAAAGAAUUCUGUUUAUCUUAGAUAAUUUGUUUUAUGAUUGUUUAUUGUGAAUGACUUAAUGUCAACUUUUCAAUCCUGCUGUCUACUUUUGAAAUGACCCAUUUUGCAGGAGAGACAUAGAAUCAUAGAAUAGUUUGGGUUGGAAGGGACCUUCAAAAGUCGUCUAGUCCAACCCUCCUGCAAUGAGCUGGGACAUCUUCAACUAGAUCAGGCUGCCCAGAACCACAUCAUGCCUGGCCUUCAGUGUCUCCGGGGAUGGCACAUCCACCACCUCUCUGGGCAACCUUUGCCGGUAUUUUACCAUCUUCAUUGUAAAGAAAUUUUUCCUCGUACUGAGUCUGAAUCUCCCCUCCUUUAGUUCAAACCAUUACUCCUCAUUGCAACAGGUCCUGCUAAGAAGUCUCUCCCCAUCUUCCUUAUAGGCCCCUUUCAAGAACUGAAAGUCUGCAGUAGGGUCUCCCCAGUCUUCUCCAGGCUGAGCAGCCCCAAUUCUCUUAGCUGUUCCUCAUAGCAGAGAUGCUCCAUCCCUCUGAUCACUUUUGUGGCCCUUCUCUGGACCCUCUAACAGGUCCAUGUCUUUCCUGUACUCCAAAGCGGGACACAGCACUCCAGGUAGGCUCUCAGCAGGGCAGAGUGGAGGGCAGAAUCAUCUCCCUUGACCUGCUGGUGAUGCUCUUUUGAAUGAAGGCCAAGAUAUGAUUGGCCUGGGCUACAAAUGUACAUUGCUGUCUCAUAUCCAAUCCUUAAUCUACUAGUACCCCCAAGUCCUGGAUAACUCCCAGUCCAAGUCCUGGGGUACUCUCAGUCCCUUAUCCCCCAGGCUGUAUUGAUACCAGGGGCUGUCCUGAUCUGGGUGUAGGACCCUGCACUUGGCCCCACUGAACCUCAUGAGGUUUGCACAGGCCCACCUCUCGAGCCUGUCCAAGUCCCUCUGAAUAGCUUCCCAUCCCUCAGGUAUGUCAGCUGUACCAUACAGCUUUGUGUCAUCUGCAGACUUGAUGAUGAUGCACUCAAUCCCACUGUCUGUGUGGCUGAUGAAGAUUCUAGAGUACUGGCCCCCGUACAGACCCCUGUUAACAUGAAUUUUGCAAUUCAAGAGAUAAUCGUCAGUGUGUUGUUGAUAAUGAUGUUACUCCUGAAUCUGUGACCUCUGAUCUUCUGACACUUUCUGGUUUUACUUUGAAUUCCAACUCUAAAAUUUUCAGAUCCAUGAUUCAAGUAGGAUUUUUGCAUUGCCCUAUUAUCUUUUGGCAGAUACACUUGACAACUUUGUUUUUUUGGGGGUUUUGGGUUUGUUUUUGUUUUUGUUUUCUUAGGCUCUUUCCAGUUAUGCCACUGUCUACUACAAAAGUAGCAUAUAAUUGGUUGGGUUAAACAGGUUUUAUUUUCUACCUCCUCUGGAGUCUUUUUUUCCUCUUCAAGCUCAACCUUUCUGGUCUUUCAGUAGGGAAGAGCUGUAACUUGAGUCUAGGAGAAAGGAGGAGGGGAUUUAUGUGCCAUUAAGUCAGUGCCACACAAAUAAGGUGCAUUCUUGCAGUCUGAAAUGACCCCUGUGCAAAUCACUCAUUUAACAAUGAAUAUUUAUGUCUGUGUGGAUGUUCUUUCUGAAAUACUUUUCAUGAGUGUCUAUCAGAAUGUUGCAGCCUUUUCAGGAAUGGCCUUUAUUAGUGCACCUUACAAUUUUUUAUCAUGCUGUUUCUAAUCCUGAGAAAAACUGGGGAGCAAAGUAUGAGUAGCUUAAGCUAUUGGUUGUAAGACAGUUGCUUUGAUAUCCAGGAUGAAUGUGUAAGAGGGUGACCAAACCUGACUCAUCUUCAGUGCAACAAUUGAAAUAUAUUUUCCUAAAUGGUGCUCGAAACACAAGUUCUGUUUACAUACAAAUUAAAUGGAAGUAUGUUGUAGAUAGAGUAUGUAAGCUGUAGUCCACAUAAUGCAUUGUUAACACAGGCACUCUGAGACUUUUGAAGAUAACCCUAAAUUUUUAUCAAAAUAUUUUAAAGUUAGAUCAUUGCACACUAGUAACAUUUAAUCAAAAUUAGUAUGAAAUGAAUGGUCUCUAGAUGGAAAUACACAUUCAGCAUCAAGUAGUACUGUACGUGAAAGGGCUUUUACCUCUCAGUAAAGAUUUGUUUACAGCAUUGUUUUCUUGAUAUCUUAGGAUAUUAUUAUGUUAUACAUAAUUGGACCUAAUUCUGUUUUCCUUAUCUGUGUGCUGAAUUUCCACCAAUGUCAUCAGAACCACUGUAUGUGUUAGACAGUAUGGAUUUUGGCAUGCAGCAGUGCUACUUUUUAAAAGCUUGUUUUAAAUUUUGUCUU